CUCGACUGGGCCGCGCGGCGCCCCGUCCUCGGCGUCCACGUGCGGCGGGGCGACACGUGCCUCGACGGCGGCCGCGGCGAGCUCCGCAAGCACAAGGGCCGGACCUGCGACGGCCUCGCGGCGUACGCGGCGCGCGCGCGCGCCAUGGUCGACGCGCACGGCUUCCGCGCCGUGUUCCUCGCGACGGACGACCCGCAAAUCGUCGCCGAGGCGCAGCGGACGAACGCGUUCGGCGUCCCCGUCCUCGCGCCCGGCGGCGUCGAAAACGCGUCUUUUUCUUCUCCGUGUGUGGCGGCCGUGGGUCCAAACUCUGUUUUCACGCGGCGACGGCGCCCCCUCAACCUCCCGCGCGCAGGUGGCCAACGAGGACGUCGACCGCCACCAGCUCUACGGCCGCGGCUACUACAACAAGGUCCUCAAGGACAUGCCCGAAGCCGACGCGCGAGCCGACGCGCGCGCGGUGCUCGACGACCUCUUCCUCCUCGCGGCGUGCGACGGCUUCGUCGGCAAGUUCACGUCCAAUAUCGACCGCCUCGCCGUCGCGCUGUCGAACGCGUGGCGCGGCGGCGACUGCGUCACGCCGUUCGAGUCCCUCGACGCCGCGUGGUGCGCCGAUUUCGGGCGCCGGACGGGGAAGUCCAUCCACGGGGACUUUAUGUGCUGAGCCUUUUUUUGUGUUGCCAGUGGAGUACUCUAUAGUAGAUCAGAACUACGAG